AGCAGCGAUUUAGGGAUAGCGUUCUUUUUCGAGUUUUAUUUUUUGUUUAAAAUACGAUAAUUUAAUUUCAAUUUAAUCCUUAUUUGUUGAAACACUAUUAAUUAUCACUUUCUGCCAAUAUGGGAGAUAAAUCAACUCCACUUCUUGCAGUCUUGCAACUACUAAGAAAAUAUGACCUAAAAGGAACAGAAGAAAUUUUAAGGAAAGAGGCUAAUUUAGGAGAUGUGGAAUACGAAAACUUGGACUUACCGGAGGUCGAACUAGCCACCAUACUAUCCACACAUCAUGCUGAAAGUGAUCCUUACAGCUAUGAAUUCGCAUAUGACAGCCUAAAAAAGUUCAUAGAAAACUCCUUGGACGUAUACAAGUAUGAACUAUCAACACUGCUUUAUCCAGUAUUUGUGCAUAUGUAUCUCAUUUUAAUACUGUAUGACCACACAGAACAUGCCCUAAAAUUUAUAGAGAAGUUUGGGCCUGAUCAGGAGGACUAUUAUCAGGAAGACUUAAAAAAAUUGGCCAUUGUCAAAAGUAAAGACCAAAUAAAGGGAAAUGAACUUGCAGAAAUAUAUAGUACAAACAAAUUUGAAGUCCAACUGUCCAGAGAUGCAUCAACACUAUUGAAAAGAUACCUACAUGAGCAAAAAAGUUCACCUGUUCUCAUUAACAUCAUAAACAAUAAUAUACAGAUUGAAGUUCAUGAUGGUCCCGGACGUACACAGUCGCAAGUACGGGCCACUGCUGGGGGUUUGUUGGGAGAAGCAGGAAGAAAUGAAAACCGAAGUAAAGUUUUUUAUGGCCUACUGAAAGAACCAGAUAUUCAAGUCCUUCCACCACCAAUAGAAGAUGAAGAGGAAGUGGAAGAAACACCCGACAAACCAAAAAAGAAAAAGGCUAAAAGAGACAAUAUAUUUAUGAAAAAACCCAAAUCUGACCCCAAUGCCCCGCCUAAUGAUAGAAUUCCUUUACCUGAAUUAAAAGAAAAUGAUAAAAUUGAAAAGGGGAGAGCUCUGAGAGAAGCUUCUAAAAGAGUGCAACUGGGACCAGAAAGUUUACCUUCAAUUUGUUUCUAUACCCUUUUGAACAGUGGCCACACAGCUAUCUGUGCCGACAUAUGCGAUGAUUCUACAUUGUUAGCUGUUGGAUUCAACAAUUCUACAAUUAAGAUUUGGACUCUCACAACAGUAAGACUUCGGGGCAUGAAAUCAGCUGAAAAGCUACAGGACAUUGAUAGGGAAGCAGGUGAUGUUCUCGUACGUAUGAUGGAGGAAAAGGACAGAGACACUUGCCGGACGCUUUAUGGACAUGCAGGCCCUGUGUUUAAAGUCGGGUUUGAUCCAUAUAGAACAAUGCUAUUGUCUUGCUCUGAAGAUUCUACUAUAAGACUGUGGUCUCUUCUAUGCUGGACCUGCCUGGUUGUUUACCGCGGGCACGUGUGGCCGGUGUGGGACGUGCGCUGGUCCCCGCACGGCCACUACUUCGCGUCCAGCGGACACGACCGCACCGCUCGACUCUGGGCGACGGACCAUCAUCAACCGUUGAGGAUCUUCGCCGGACACUUGGCAGAUGUCGAUUGUAUUCAGUUUCAUCCCAACUCCAAUUACGUUGCUACUGGCUCUAGUGACCGUACGGUGAGACUUUGGGAUUGUUCAAUGGGGACACAAGUGCGAAUCAUGACAGGACACAAGUCCACCCCAUUUACCCUAGCAUUUUCUGUGUGUGGGAGAUGGAUAGCGUCUGGGGGUGGCAACGGAGAAAUAAUAGUUUGGGAUCUAUCGACAGGCUUGCCAACAUCACAUUUACCAUUGAUGCAUACGGCACCCAUUCAUGCCUUAGCCUUUAGCCGUGAUGGCACCAUAUUGUCAUCUGGCUCACUAGACUGCACUAUCAAACUCUGGGACUUUGCUGCAGUAACAGAUGAGUCUACUGCUGAAGAAAAUGCUAACAAUUCUGUACAAAAGGAAGAUAAACUUUUGUUGAUGUCAUUUUCCACAAAAAGCUCCCCUAUAAAAAAUUUGCACUUUACACGCAGAAAUCUUCUGCUUGCUGUUGGUUCUUAUGAAGGAAGUUCUUAAAAUGGAAUGUAUCAUUGAUAAAUUGUAAUGUAAACUUAAUAUCUAUAAAUAAAAUAAUUACUGCAUUC